AUGCCGGAUACCGGAAGUAAGAAUACCGGCGAGCGGGUAGACGUAGCUGCCGGAGAAGGGACUAGUAAGUCACCACCUAUACAAGUUAAUCAGAGUGAAGCUCAAGUUGAGCGGGUAUUUGAAAUGUCUUCCACUCCAGAUAGAAUAAGGGCGAGGCGAACCACAUUCACAGAACCACUUGUUAAUGCCGCUGAUCAGGAUAUGAGGGAUGCAGUACAACUGUUGACCCGGAUUGUUGCCGGUCAAGUCCAAGGGCAAGCUAUUCCUACCGCGGGUCCUAGCGGUACUGAUAGGGUGGCUAGUCUUCGGACGCAAGAUUUUCUUAAGAUGGAUCUGCCUACUUUUACCGGAUCCGAUCUUAACAAAGAUCUGCAGAACUUUAUUGAUCAGAUCCAAAGGGCCGUAGAGCUAGGAUCCAAGCAUUUGCAUAGAAAAUGGAAGAUCAGAGGCAAAGAAAAAGAACACAGGAAUUUGAAAGUGGAUCUUCUAAGAAGGCCAGAUCUACAGGGCUCUAGUGCUCCACCACAGCAUCAGGGGUUCAGAGGCAGUCAAUUUGGGGAAAGAAGUGAGGGUCAUAGUUCGCGAUCAGUGGGUUAUCAUGGACAAGGGAACAUGAGCCAAUUGAGACCUUCUCGAGAGCUAUGUAAUCGAUGCGGAAAGCAUCAUAUGGGCGUAUGUCGAAUGGGAACAAAUGUUUGUUUUUGGUGCGGUAUGACGGGGCAUAUAAUGAGAGAAUGCCCGCGAAGGGGCGCAGGUGGCGUAGCACGACCUUCGGGAUCAGCUAUUGCAUCAUCGUCAUCG